AUUUGUCGUUGCAGUGCUCUGUGGCGUGCAAAAAUUGUGGCCGGGUUGUGGGUAAACAAUAAAAAUUAAUAAUAAAUUAAUAAAAAUAUUUAGAAAAUGUCUUCAAAAAUUGUUAUCAAUAAACGUGUUAAAGGUUUACCACGUGAAGAAUUAGAAAAAUUAUCCAAAAAUGAUUUAAUUGAUAAAAUUGUGCAGCUGGAAGCCUAUAAUUUUCAACUCAAAAAUAUUUUAAAUAAAAAGCUUAACACUGAUGGUAUUAAUGAAAGUGAACAAAAUGAGGAGCUUCUCAAGGAGUUAAAUGAAUUGCAAACUAUGCAAUCUAAUCAAGUAAAUAGAUUAGCAAGUGUUAAUAAAAAAGACUUGGAGGAGGAAGUCGCAGGUGAUAAAAAAUCCAAGAAACGCCAAUUUGAUUUCAGCAAAUGUGCCAAACGUCAUGUUUUAAUGAAAUUUUUAUAUUUUGGUUGGGAUUAUCAAGGCUUCGCAUGUCAGGAAGAUUCUAAUGCCACUAUUGAACACCAUCUUUUCAAAGCCUUGACUCGCUGCUGUCUCAUUGAAUCACGUGCCACUUCCAAUUAUCACCGUUGUGGCCGUACCGACAAAGAGGUUAGUGCCUUUUGUCAGGUAAUUUCCAUUGAUUUACGUAGUAAAUUUCCUGCAGAUAGACAAUUCGAUGAGGAAUGUUUGCGCGAUGAAAUUGAUUAUUGUGGUUUAUUAAAUCGUAUAUUGCCAAAAAAUAUACAAUGUAUAGCCUGGAUGCCUUUAAAAACGCCAGUGUAUAGUGCCAGAUUCGAUUGUGUCGCCAGGACCUAUAGAUAUUUCUUUCCCAAAGGUGAUUUGAAUAUAGAGGCCAUGCAAAAAGCUUGUUUAUUACUGCAGAGACAUGCAGAUUUCCGCAAUUUUUGUAAAAUGGAUGUUCACAAUGGUGUUACCAACUAUAUGCGUAACUUGCAAUCAGCUAGUGUUCAUCUAUGUCCCAAUGAAUCGGAAAAAGAGCAGACUGGAUAUAAUAUGUAUUAUUUACAAAUUAAAGCUAAUGCAUUUUUAUGGCAUCAAAUACGCUGCAUAAUGGCGGUAUUGAUAUUAAUCGGACAAGAAAAAGAAGAGCCUGAGGUAAUAACAGAACUAUUAGAUGUGGAAAAGAAUCCUUGUAAACCCCAAUAUACACCCGCCAUUGGUUUGCCUUUGAAUCUAUUUAAUUGCGAGUUUCGCAAUAAAACUUGCCGUAAAACCAAUGAAGAAUUGUUGGCUGAAGAAGAGGAUGUAAUUGACCCCUCUCCUGAUCAUGAAAAUUCCUCUGAAGAAUCAGAUAUUACCAAAUGGAUUUAUAAUGAGGAAAACUUGCAAAAACUUAUAGAGAAUAUACAAAGUGAAUGGUCUCAAUUUAGCAUAAAAGCCACCAUGAUACGUAAUGUUUUAUUUGAACUGGAAAAUACUUUACAAAAACAGUUCCAACCUCAGGAUAUUAGAACGCAGGUUUUACUGUUGCAGGAUUGUGUAAAACCGCGACAAUAUCAAAAGUUAUUAAAUCGUAAAAGAUGUGAAAGUUUAGAAAAUCGCAUAGAUCAUUUUGUUAAAAAACAACGUUUAAUUUUACAACCCGACAACUCAUCAAACAAAUAAUUCUUUUAAUUAUUUUGUUAAAAAACAAAGUUUAAUUUUACAAUCCGGCAAUCCAUCAAACAACUAAUUCCUUUAACCAACAAUCCCAUUUAAGAACAAAAACCAGGUAAGCAUUUUGUUUAGUAAUUCUUUUUUGUUUAAUACACAUUCAACAUUCUCUUUAAUAUGUGUUUUUGUUUAAUUUACAAUUAAAAUAAUUGCGGCCACUUAUCUGUCUUAAUAACUUAUUUUAAACAGUUAAUUAGUUUAAUUUUAAAUUUGAAUCUUAAUUACAAAUUUUCUUUUUCUCAAUAUUUUCCAUUAUCUCUUUUUUUGUACGUGUUUUUAAAUUGUUUCUGCCUUAAACUAUAAAAUAGUAUAAUAACAAUGAGACGUUUUAUAAAUUACCUUUACUAGAACUUAAUAAUUAAAAAAAAUAAUUACAUAAUUUUAAUAUAAUUAACUAUUUAAGACAAAAAAAUGUUUUAUAAAUAAAAAUUUACUUAUAGUAUAGCUUUGCUUACUAUACAAACUAAAA